ACGUUAGUUUAUUGCCAGUGUUUUAAGAAUAAAUUCAAUUGGCUUCAAUAAAAACACGAAUGUUGACUAUAUACUAAAGGAUACUUUUUCCAGUCAUGAUUUGAAAAAAGCUACUAAUAAUGAAUAGUUGCAGAAAAUGCAGCGUAUAUGCGCCGAUACUGAACUUCCGAGCAACUUCGAUGAUUGGACAGUGCAAGAACAAAGUGACUGGAUGUAUUACAAUAUGACGGAUUUAUAUAAAAACGUGCCAGAAUCUUUACAAAAUCUGAUCCCGUCUGCCACACGUCCACUCGAUUUCAACCGAUCACUAAAUGCGUUACCUGAAUGGAUGGACCCAGAAAAAUAUCACAGAGGACAAAAGUUUGUGCGCGAGAAUUAUUUCUCGAUUAUCAUGGCUUUUAUAUUCGGUUCCAUUUACGGCUACACUUUCGAGGAUGCCCUCAAACCAAUUAUCAUAGGAGGGAACAGUCAUACACCAUAUUUAGCAUUCAAAAGGUAUCUGAAUACGUUAAAAAGGAUACUCGCUUGGUACGAUGGGGAACCUUGGAGUAAAGGUACGGAGGCCUACAGGGACAUGCAAAUUGCACGCAAUAAACAUAUAACAAUAAGCACAAAGGUUUCCCUGCUGGAUAACAAGCAAUACCAGGCGGCAUCAAAAUUCGAGCAGCCGUGGUGUCCAGAGUACGAAACGCUUAUGAAGGACUUUGCUCUGACAUGUCCGUUCGAGAAACUUGGACAACGUCCUUACAAAAUUUUAGAUAAUAUGUCACGCAAACCGAAAGACUUAAAUAAUAUGCUGAUGGCCGUUACACAGGCCCAUUUCAUAAUGUUGCCUGUAUUAUAUCCGCAAAAA